CGCAGUUUCCAAUCCCCUUUCAUCUAUCUGAACUCGCUUGGAAAUUCAACACUUACCUCAACCCUCGAUUUAUCCACUUGUUUGCACAAUGGCCCUCAAGCUCACUACUCUUCUCUUUGCCUCCGCUGCCAUUGCCGCAAAGAAGGGCGACUCUGGUGCCCUAUCUUCACUCGACGCUGGCCUCGGCGGCACGGUCAAAGUUGUCAGCAAUACCGAACUCAAGAUCACCGACUACGAACUCAAAGACGCGUCCGCACCUGCUCUCUACUGGUGGGGAUCCAAGACUGAAGAUCUCUCAUCCGGCUUCCGUAUCAACAAAGAGCGCAUCAGUGAUACCUCAUCCAAGAUGGGCAUCAUGGUCAAGCUCGAUGCUGGCCAUACUGCGAAAGAUUUCUCUUAUGUUGGCCUCUGGUGUGAGAAGUUUGCCGCCAACUUUGGCCAGGCAAAAUUGACUUCUGAUGGCGGGUCGAUGAAUUCGACUGAUGAUGAGAUGGAUAUGAAGAAGGAUGACACGAAAAAGGAUGAAAUGAAUGGCGUAUCUGGAUGCCAUACUGGUCAGCCUGCGAUGGUCGUGGCUAUCUUGAGUCUGCUUGCUUUCUCGGCCUAUUUCGCAUGAACUUAUUGGGGAUGGAGACUCAGUGAAGGGAGCGGGUAUAUAACAGUUAGCAUGUAUUUAUUUCACCUUGGUAGCGAUAGUAUCAGUCCUUUCCAUCUUAAAUUAUGGACAACUG